UUUUUUUUUUACCUCGUAUAAUCAUAACAACAUCUACGGGAGGCUGCCUCUAGAGGUAUACCUACCCCAAAAUUGGGCUUGACUUGUUUCGAACUCAAAGCAACAAAAUCCAGACAGUCGGUCCGACAGGCCAACUAACAGUCGCAACGACUUUGAACGGACGACAACCUAUACGGAGAACAUUUUGAAAGGUAUGAUGUUGAGACAUAUUGGCACUUACAGAGCACCAUCCCGUAAGACUGACUGGUCAGGCUUUGAUGAAUUUCUCCGCUCAUGGAUUCCAAGCCAUACCGUCCCGCAACUCCGGUCAUUUGCCUCUGCUCUAGUAACAUAUGGAAGACGUGAUCCUUUUAUGCGUUCAGGCGAUCGAAAAGCCGAUGUCAUUCAGAAAAUCCAGGAAGCGUUCAUGGCCCUCAAAGCUAAGAUGGAUCUCGAUGCCUAUGUCGAAGCGAGGUAUCACUGUGAAGUGGCCGUUGGGGGAGGAUGGGAUCCAUUCCCUAGGACGAACACAACAAUAAUGGUCCCCCCUGCGCAGCCUAUACGUGCCCAUCCAUCUGUUCAGCCGCCACCACCACCUACAUUUGGGGGUGUUCCGCGAUGGAGUAGUGGUGUAAACAAUAAUAGCUCAGGCUUGAAUGGAUACAGAUCAACAUCAGGAUUUGCGUCUGGCUCUGUUGGGUAUGGCAAUACCUCAGCUCACGCUGUUUCAUCGACUCCCAGCCACGGUCCGCAACAUGCUUUGCAAGACUGGAAAAUUAACCCAAUGUGGAAACCGCUUCGGGCCAUAACGUCUAUGGAAACACUGCCUGAUAUUAGCGCCAACGAAAGUCAUAGCACCUACCGGACAAAACGGACGCAAUUUGUCCUACCCAAUGAUGUUAUUGAGAAGCUCAAAGCAUCUAGGGAAUCCCCUCAAACGCCACCACAUUACUCACUCCGCCUCUUCUGUACUUCCUCUGAUCACUAUCGCCCUACAUCCGUACACGCUCGCCAUAUACCUCCCUCUACCAACAUCCCUAUUGAAUAUCCUGGUAACCCUGAAGUAUCCGUCGACGGCACAUUAUUGCCCUUCAAAGAGAAAGGUCUGAGAGGGAAGGCUGGGAGUGCCCCGCCUUUUGAUUUAGAUAAACCAAUCAACAAUGGUGUGGCGGCUGGAGGGCGAGUGGCGCUAGUACCAGGAAGAUUAAUGGGUGUCAACGUUGGACAUCGAGGGCCGACGACAGGAAAGAACAAGACUCAGUCCAAGAGGUUUUUCUUCCAGAUUGUCCUUGCCGAAAUGACAACAAAAGAAGAACUGCUUGCAAAACUGAAUAAGCUGGAACCAACAAAAGCAGAACAUGCGAUAGAACAAUUGAGGAAGAAACAAGAAAAUGACGAUGAUAUUGUGGCUGGUACAGCAUCCAUGUCUUUGAAAGAUCCUCUUUCAUACAUGCGUAUGACACGACCUAUCCGCUCUUCAAAAUGUAGUCAUAUCCAAUGCUUUGACGCUACUUGGUGGAUAGAAAGUAAUGCUGUGCACCCACAAUGGCUCUGUCCGCAUUGUAGCAAAGAGCUCCGAUUUGAUGAUCUGAUUGUUGAUGGAUACGUGAUGGACAUUCUUAAGGUUGUUCCCGAUACGGUCGACGAUGUUAUCCUUGAACCCACAGGCGAAUGGCACACCGAAGAUAACAAGUACGGUACCGCAUCUUGGCUCGCCUCACAUGUGAAACCAUCAUCAGCUACCGUGGAGGCAUCGACACCAGUUGCACCCUCGGUGCCUGCCUCAUUUAGCUCAGAGAUCGAGACAAAACCGUCUGUUUGCGAUAUGAAUGAUAUUAGCAGCGGCGAUGGAGCGAACAGAGGGGGAACGGGUCUGAAACGAAAAGUGGUGCAAGUCAUCGAUUCUGAUGAAGAAGGGGACGGUACCCCUGCCAAAUCGAGUGUCCCUCCAGCGGGCCGCGUAACAGCGCUGGGAUCAUCAUCCUCAGUCGGUGGAUCAAGGACAGGAGCGUCAACUCCUAUCAUUGACUUGACCUUAUCUGAUUCAGAUGACGAGACGGACGAGGAGACUGGACCGGUGACGAGUUCAAGAGCUCCUCCGGCUCCGAUACAGGUACCGAGAACGUCAACAGCAGCAAGCGCGAUUGUCUCUCCAAAACGACCGGUAAGCGCUGCUGGCACCCAAUUUCAUUCAUUUCGCGAGACUACUUCCAAUGUUGUUCGCUCGCCAUCGACUAGUUCCUGGCCUGGUCUUUCUGUUGCCGGAAUAGGGGGGGUGAGUGGUAGAUCCAGUCCUUUGAAUAACAGUAGCGGUCAAACCUCCGCUUCUGCUUCUGGCUCUGCUACCACAUCUCAUCUACAACCGCCGUCAAACCAAUACCCUCCCAUCUCCCCUCCUCAUUUUUCGGACCCACCUCCACAGACCACAGUCGCGUCCCCGCGAAUAACAGCCCUGCCACCACCGUCACACAUAUUUCCUUCGUCAUCUCCGCCCUCCGCCUCUAUCGCCCCUGCCGUGCCACUGGAUCAUGUUCCCCCUGCCCGAGCUUUUUCAGGGCCGGGUUGGGUUAAUCCGUUAAGGCCGAAUUCUAGUAGCGAAAUUUCAAGUUCGACCUAUGCAUCGACGACGUCGCCGUCGGAUAAUAGAGGAAACGAGAGAGAGAGUUCCGGGUCUAAAUAUUGAAGGUGGCAGACGAAGUGUAGCAGAUAUAAGGAUGGAACUGGUGAAGGGGAGCACAGCGAGUAGAAAGAUAAGUUGUGGUAAAAAUGUAUCAGAUAUAUUUGGUGUUUCGGAUAGCUAUAGAAAUCAACAUGAGGAAGGAAAAUCUGGCUACAAGGUCUUCGGAUGUAAAGAAGGGAAGCAAGAGAUAAGGAAGGUCCAGAUAUCGUUUUCAACUAAACCAUUUAGACGUCCCUUUUGUCAGUUUUUGGGGUGUUAAUCAAAAGCAAUUCUGCCCAAGAGUUUUG